GGGCAGCGGGGCGGGGAGCUGGGAGGCAUGGCGCGGCCCGACGACGAGGAGAGGCCGGCCGUGGCUCCCGGGCACCAGCUAGCGAAGGGAUACCUUCCGGUGCCGAGGGGCGCCCCGGCCGGGGAGGCGCAGAACGGAGGCCCCGGGCUCGGCCCCGACGUCGCGGGGGCCCCGGGCGGGCCGCUAGCUUUGCAGGCGGCGGCGGAGGAGGAGACUCAGGCCCGGCUGCUGCCCGCGGACGGCGCGGAGGACGUCCCGUGCCCCGCGCGCUCCCCGCGCACGGCGCUGUCGCCGCGGCGCUUCGUGGUGCUGCUCAUCUUCAGCCUGUACUCCCUGGUGAACGCCUUCCAGUGGAUCCAGUACAGCAUCAUCAGCAACGUGUUCGAGGGCUUCUACGACGUGUCGGCGCUGCACAUCAACUGGCUGUCCAUGGUGUACAUGCUGGCCUACGUGCCCCUCAUCUUCCCGGCCACCUGGCUGCUGGACACGCGAGGCCUGCGGCUCACAGCGCUGCUGGGCUCCGGCCUCAACUGCCUGGGCGCCUGGGUCAAGUGCGGCAGCGUGCAGCGGCACCUCUUCUGGGUCACCAUGGUAGGGCAGAGCCUGUGCUCCGUGGCCCAGGUCUUCAUCCUGGGCUUGCCCUCCCGCAUCGCCUCGGUGUGGUUUGGACCCAAGGAGGUGUCGACGGCUUGUGCCACCGCAGUGCUGGGCAAUCAGCUUGGAACUGCAGUCGGCUUUUUGUUACCACCUGUUUUAGUGCCCAACACACAGAAUAACACAGAGCUGGCUUAUAACAUCAGCACCAUGUUUUACGGAACAGCAGUCACCUCCACGGUUUUAUUUUUUUUAACAGUAAUUGCAUUCAAGGAAAAGCCUCCUUUCCCACCGAGUCAGGCUCAGGCAGUGCUUCAAGACAGCCCCCCUGAAAAGUACUCCUACAAGAGCUCUAUUUGGAACCUGUUCAAAAACAUCCCCUUUGUUCUCCUGCUGGUCAGUUAUGGCAUCAUGACUGGAGCGUUUUACUCACUUUCAACAUUAUUGAAUCAGAUAAUAUUGGCAUCCUAUGAGGGAGAAGAAGUAAAUGCUGGAAGGAUUGGGCUAACCCUGGUGCUGGCUGGAAUGGUGGGCUCGAUUCUUUGUGGCUUAUGGCUAGAUUACACCAAAACCUACAAGCAGACGACUCUCAUGGUGUACAUUUUGUCUUUCAUUGGAAUGCUUGUAUUCACUUUCACGGUGGACCUUCAGUACAUCUUUGUGGUGUUUAUUACUGGCGGGAUCCUUGGCUUCUUCAUGACUGGUUACCUUCCCCUGGGUUUUGAGUUUGCUGUUGAGAUCACGUACCCUGAGUCUGAGGGCACAUCCUCUGGCCUCCUCAACGCUGCCGCACAGAUAUUUGGAAUUCUGUUCACAUUGGCUCAAGGAAAGCUCAUGUCAGACAACGAUUCGAAGCCUGGAAACAUUUUCCUCUGUGCCUGGCUGCUCUUAGGCAUCGUUUUAACAGCAUUGAUCAAGUCUGAUCUGCGAAGACACAACAUAAACACAGGACUUACGAACGGUGACGUUAAAGCCGUGCCCGUUGAUAGUCCCGUAGAUCAAAAACCAAAAGUGAUGAUGUUGUCGCCACAGCCAGAGUCUUCACUCUGAGGAGGGACCGGGUUGCCCCCAGCAUGGGC